AUUUAUUUGAAAUAAGCAGUUUCAGUUAAUAACGUAUAGUGUUAGUAAUGUUAUUGUUUUCGCCUAUUACGUGGAUGGUCGACGCAUCAAUUGGGGUGUCCAAAACGCUGUAAUAGCGUUGACCAGCAGUUUGGAGGAAGACAUGCAGCGGGCUCGUUCAACAUGGCGAACUGAUUUCUAUCUAGAGUCUUUCCACUGGGAUAAUUUAUAUUACGGCUGUUCACGUACGCCUUCGAACCAGAAUCACACUGACUACAUACAAAAAUCUUUGGACAACAGAGAAAGCCAAGAAACCCAUCCCAACACACCAAAAGGACGUCUGGACGACGUACAGAAAGGUGUGAAACACGAACAAAAGACACAAGAAAAUAUAAAUAAUUCUCAAAGCCCCAAGGAUAAUAUAAAUCCAUACACUGGGGAAAUUGGUGGACCAGCAGGGCCCGAGCCAACAAGAUAUGGUGAUUGGGAGAGAAAAGGAAGAGUGACAGACUUUUAGACUUGUUCAUUUUCUACCUUGUUUGAUUGUUUUGUGUUAAAUAUCAUUUUUAACUAUGAUAAAAAUUACAAAAUAAACAUGUAAUAUAUAACUUUUAAUGCACUGUGAAUCUUGACUAAAUAUAUAGUUUGUUAUGUAUUAUAUACUAAUAAUACUAUAAAUCUAAAUUCUUUUCAAUGAUCAAUUUUGGUAUUCAAAAUUGGCCUACUAUAAUGUGAAAUGAUUAUUUUGCGAAUCUGAAGUGAAUAAAUGUUGCUCUACUCUAGGGGUCUUCAACUUAAAACAUGUCGCGGGCCACUUUUUGAAAUUUAUUGACUACUCGGGCCGCAAACCAAAGAAAAUGGGUAUCUGAAUGUAUUAUGUUGAAAUUACACUUGAAUAUAACAGCAAACGAGACAUGAAACAUAUUCAUUUACUUGUGCUGCAUAUUUGGUUUCGAUUUUUGGCCUUAUUUUUCGUUGGUUUGCUAGUCUUAAGACAGCAUGCAAAUGCUCGUCUGUUGGUAUUGCUAGUUAAUCUCUGGCCCACUUGCCAUACCCAUCACCUCACCAACUGUGUGAGAAAGUGGGUAAGCAAUGCUGAAAGAAAGAUUCUAUAUGAACAUAGUAGCUUACAUAUUGGUUGGACAUCUUCGGAGUGAAAAUUGUUGUUUCUGUGUUAGGCAUAAUUUAAAAUUAACUGACCAAUAACGCUUGGAAAUUAACAUACCUCGUCAUUUCACUGAUGUGACUGUAGGCCUAUUGAUUAUUUCGAGACUUGCUGGUAAGGCUGACCAGGAGGUUUCAUAUUCCUAUUUUGCUUAAUAAUUGUAUUAUUUUUGGGUGCAUCCUGAUAGCAAAGAAUUCGAAUUAUUUUUGUUUAUUUAAACCAGGUCUAUAGCUUUGCUAAAAUCAACCAUUAUCAUUCAUUUGAAAAUUUUCAAAUAUCUAUUGUGUAUGUUUGUAAAAUAUUUACAAACCCUUGGAUAAUUUGUAUUUGAUGUAUGUGCAGGCUAGUUUAGAUGGUCAUAUUGAUAACAUGUUUUAUUUUUACAUAAUCUGUUACUCUGAAAGCUCUCAAUCAGUAAUAUUAUGCAGGCAAUAGUUGCUGAUGUUAAUAAUGUUGUAUUUGAUAUGGAAGUUGCAAUGGAACAACAACUGGGAGUUCAGCCCCUGCCUUUUCCUGGAAUGGAUAAGUCUGGGGCAUCUGUGUGUCAUUUUUUCAAGCAAAAUGUCUGUGCUAGAGGUGUAAACUGCCCAUUUCGUCAUGUUUUGGGUGACAAAGCAGUUGUUUGCAAACAUUGGCUUCGUGGGUUAUGCAAAAAGGGAGAUCAAUGUGAGUUUUUACAUGAGUAUGAUAUGAGCAAAAUGCCUGAGUGCUAUUUCUACUCAAAAUUUGGCCGAUGUGACAACAAGGAUUGUCAAUAUCAGCAUAUUGACCCUGCUAGUAAAAUAAAGGAUUGCCCUUGGUAUGAUAGGGGGUUUUGUAAACAUGGUCCUCACUGCAGCAAGAGGCAUAAAAGAAGGGUUAUGUGUAUAAACUAUCUUAUUGGAUUUUGCCCUGAUGGGAAAAAAUGUAAAUAUACCCAUCCAACAUGGGAUCUUCCUACUGUGGAACCGAAAGGAGCGAAAUGUCACAUAUGUGGAGAAUUUGGGCAUAAAGUGGCAACUUGUCCACAAAAUCCAUAUCGAACCUCUGAAGCUGAUACUAACAAAAGCAUGCCUAAUGGAAUCCAUGCCACCACACCACAGUUUGGUGGGCUUGUGCUUCACAUAACUCGACCAAACAUGACUCCAACCAUACCCAUGCCAUCAUCGAAUCUUGGUGCAGGAAUACUAGGUGCGAUGCCGAACACAUCUCUAACUGGCUUGUCACCAACGUCUGUUCCUCGUAUGAGACCCAUGAGGGAUUUAUCAAGAGUCACUUGUUUCAAGUGCGGGAAGAAAGGACAUUACGCUAAUCGUUGUAAUGAAAUUGCUUCAUUUCCAAUGCCAUUCUUGUCUAAACCAGCAACUUGAAGGAGUUUCUGAUUGUAGAAUUCUUUGAACUUGUGCUGUGGUUUCAAGUCCAAAUGAUUGCUUGAAAGAGUGAAGCAGAUAUAAUUUCAGCGCCAUGAGACUAUAUUCAAAAAAACAUCCACAUGCCUUGGUGUAUGUAUUCCCAUGAAAAAGCAAGAUUUCUUUGGGUAGCACACACAGCUUACAUUAAACCAGUCUAUUCCAUAAGGAACACAAUUUCAUGCUUGUUUGGUUUGGUUGUCAUAUGGAAAACAUUGCUAAAUUGAGGUAAUCCACAAAACUUAUCUUGCUCUGUGCAAUUGCCGGAGUUAUCCUAACAUCUCCGCAUAUAAUUUGAACUGCCUUCAGUAUUGCUGUGCUUAUAUUUAUUUUAUAGUGAUCGGACGGUCCAUGGGCACAAAAUUAACUUAUUGAUUACUUCCAUAAAUUGUUCCUAAAAACUGAUUUUCUCUACUGCGAACAUUGCUUUCUAUCAUUCAUAAGUUGUUCAAUGUUUAAUAACCUUUUUUCAGUGGCUUCGUAGCUUUCAAGUAUCAUUUCUUUUGGUAAAUGCUCGUAACUUCACCAAAUGUUAGGAAAAUCUGGACAUGGGAGUGUCAAUUCAAGUUCAGACUCCACUCUAACAAAUCCUUGGUAAUGAUUGUUUACAUCUAUGAAUUUCUGUUGUAUUGAACGAAUAUGUAUUUCUCUAUCUUGUUUGAACAAUCUUUAAAUACAAUAUACAAAAAUGCGA